CAUCGUUUGCCCUCCUCCCUUUUGUGCGAUAGAGUUUUCCGAUGCUGAGACGGAAGAAAGUCUUCUUCUUAUCGGCCCUUUCGUGACCAGGGGGGAGAGAGAGAGAGAGAGAGAGAGAGGAGAGAAGAAGAAGAAGAAGAACCGCCAGAGAGACAGAGAAACCGAGAGAAAGCUCCUCCUCCUCCUCCUCCUCCUCUUUGAAGGGCACAGAAGAGCACUUCUUCUCUUUCUCCAUUCAUGGAUUCUCCUCCCUCGGCCCACGAUAGCUUGUCGCCCUCUCAGAAGGACAAGGAUGUGGCAGCUUCUCUGGUGGAUCCCUUCUUGAAGGAGGCUCUUCAGAACCCUCGCCAUCGUCUCACUGUUCUGCGUAUGGAGCUGGAUAUUCAGAAAUUUAUGCAAAAUCCUGACCAAAAGCAAUUUGAGUUUCAACAUUUCCCAACAUCCUACCUCAGGCUUGCAGCUCAUCGUGUUGCUCAACACUAUGGUCUUCAGUCUAUGGUAAUGGAUAAUGUCAGUGAUGGCCUGGGAAUUAGAAUAGUGGUGACGAAAACAUCCGAAAGCAGAUUUCCUGCUGUCUGUCUAUCAGAGAUUACUGCAAAACAGCCAGAAAGUGAUAGACCUGAACAGGUUAAGAUUGCCAUCAGGCCAAGGUCACAUAAAGCUUCAUCAAAUGAUGCAAAUGAUCAGGGAAUUAAACUUACUCUUAGAACUGUGGAAGAGAGGAAGGAGGAGUAUGAUAGAGCACGGGCUCGCAUUUUCAGUAACUCCAGCAGUUCUGACUUAGAAGGUUCUUCAUCUGUAGCAAAUGAUGGAAGAAGCUCAUGUUCAAGCAAAGAUGAGAGUGAAGGUUGCAGGAUAACUGUGGAUGAGCCAGACAAGACUCCUACUAGCACAAGGGAUGGUAGUUCUUCCAGAGUCGCCAUUUUCAAAGACAGGGAGAAAGAUCGUUCUGACCCAGAUUAUGACAGGAGCUAUGAAAGGUAUGUUAGGAACCUUACGCCUAAUCAGAUAUUUGCCUUGGGGCCUUUCAAUAUCCAAAGCUUUCAGCCUUCAUUCAUGCAGUAUGAAUCUGGGUUUCCUCUGAACCAAUUACAGAGUACUCAGACAUCCUUCAGCUACAGGCCUUCAAAUCCAGCCGUGGGCCAAUUUUGUUCUGUGGGAUUAAAUCAGACUUCUAGGGACCCCAUGUAUAUGCACUGGCCUAGUCCUGCAAUGAUGUAUGCUCAGUCAUAUGAGCAACUUAGACAUGCUGUCUUCCAGGCUCCAUUUUAUCAACAACCAUUGAGUUUUGAUUACUCCCAGAACCAUUAGAAAACAGAGGAUAUCUGUAUAUCAUUACUCCUGCAGUUCAUUUCAUUUCCUUUCUGUUAGGUACUACUGAGCGUAGGGACGCAAUUUGUUUAUUUCUGAUGCACUACCCUAUUAGUUGUAUGUUUCUAUUUUCCUUAUUAGCAAGGAGUGAAAGCUAGUAGUAUUAUUCAUAUUAGUCAUAUACUGUUGGUUCAGUGCGUAGAUAUAAUUUUUGUUGGUAAUGGAAUUCUAUUCAUUGAUCUUGUGUGAAACAUGAUUUUUUUGUUUUCUUU